CCGCCGCCAUCUUGGAUGCCGCUGAGGCCGUGUCGGCGCUGAGCGAAAGGGGGGGGCGGGGAAAGGCGGCAGCGGCGGCGGCGACCCCCGCGAGUCGCGACGCUAUCGCGAUAGUAUCGCGACAUUCUCGCCAUUCCCCGGCCGGCCGGGCGCGCCUGGGCCGCCUCGCGAGCCUCCGCAGGCGCCCCCCGAGGGGAUGCCGAGAGCCCCCCAAGAUGGCCGACAAGAGGAAGCUGCAAGGUGAGAUUGACAGGUGCCUCAAGAAGGUGUCGGAGGGGGUGGAGCAGUUCGAGGACAUCUGGCAGAAGCUCCACAACGCCGCCAACGCCAACCAGAAGGAGAAAUACGAGGCUGACCUGAAAAAGGAGAUCAAGAAACUGCAGCGGCUGCGGGACCAGAUCAAGACAUGGGUGGCGUCCAACGAGAUCAAGGACAAGAGACAACUGAUAGAGAACAGGAAAUUGAUAGAAACUCAAAUGGAGAGGUUCAAGGUGGUGGAGAGGGAGACCAAGACCAAGGCUUACAGCAAGGAGGGGCUGGGGCUGGCGCAGAAAGUCGACCCCGCGCAGAAGGAGAAGGAGGAGGUCGGCCAGUGGCUCACGAGCACGAUCGACACCCUGAACAUGCAGGUGGAUCAGUUUGAGAGCGAGGUGGAGUCGCUGUCGGUGCAAACCCGCAAGAAGAAGGGGGACAAGGAUAAGCAGGACCGCAUCGAGGCGCUGAAGCGGCAGGUGGAGCGGCACCGCUUCCACGUGCGCAUGCUGGAGACGCUGCUGCGCAUGCUGGACAACGACUCCAUCCCCGUGGACCCCGUCAGGAAGCUCAAGGAUGAUGUGGAAUAUUAUGUGGAUUCCUGCCAGGAGCCUGAUUUCGAGGAGAAUGAGUUCCUCUACGAUGAUCUGGACCUGGAUGACAUCCCCCAGGCUCUGGUGGCCACGUCCCCCCCCAGCCACUCCCAGAUGGAGGACGAGAUCUUCAACCAGAGCAGCAGCACCCCCACAUCGACCACCUCCAGCUCCCCAAUUCCCCCCAGCCCUGCUGCAAAUGCUGAGAAUUCAGAGGACGACAAAAAGCGCGGCCGCUCCACCGACAGCGAGGUGGGACAGUCUCCCGCCAAGAACGGGGCCAAGCCCCCCCCCCACCCCCACGCCCCCUCCCCCGCCGCCCCUCCCCCCUUCCCCCCCCCAGCUCCGCCCCCCCCACCCCCCUCAACAACGGCCCCGGCGCCGGGGGGGGACGGGGGUGGCCCCCAGACCCCCGGGGGGGGUCCCCAAAAUUCGGGGGGUCCCAAAGGAGGGGGAGGGGCCGGCGGGGGGGGGUCGCACCCCCCCAGCACCCCCACCCCCACCCCCUACGCCCAGGCCGUGGCGCCGCCCGCGCCCCCCCCCAGCGCCCCCCAGCCCCGACCCCCCAGCGCCCAGCAGGCCGGGAAACAGAACGGGGGGGCCACCAGUUACAGCUCGGUGGUCGCCGACAGCUCCUCGGAGCCGGGGCUGAGCGGGGCCGGGGCCCAACCCCCGCUGGGGCAGCCCCCGGGCCAUGGGGCGGCUGGGAGUGCUCAGAAGGAGCCCGGUGCCCCCCAGCCCCCCCAACCCCCCGUGGCGCGGCCGGGCCGGGCUCUCCCACCCCCCCCUUCCCCGACAGCAAAGGGGGGGCGGGGGGAGCUCCCCCCCUGCUCAACGGCCCCCCCCCAGUUCAGCACCGCCCCCGACAUCAAGGCCCCGGAGCCCCUGAGCAGCCUGAAGUCGAUGGCCGAGCGAGCGGCGCUGGGGACGGGGCUGGAGGAGCCAGGACCCCCCCUGCACCUGGCUGAGAGGGAUCUCCUCCUGGGGGCUGGGGGGGCUCCCCCCACCUCGGGGGGCUCUGGGGGAGGCUCAGGGGGUCCCGGGGGGGCUCUGGGGGAGGUCAGCAUCCCCCUGUCCCUGGGGGUCUGUCCCCUGGGACCCCUCCCCCUGCCCAAGGAGCAGCUGUACCAGCAGGCCCUGCAGGAGCCAGCCUGGCACCACAUGCCCCACCCUUCGGAUUCUGAGAGGAUCAGGCAGUACCUGCCCCGCAAUCCCUGCCCCACCCCCCCCUAUCACCACCAGCUGCCCCCUCCCCACUCGGACACCGUGGAGUUCUACCAGAGGCUGAGCACAGAGACCCUGUUCUUCAUCUUCUACUACCUGGAGGGCACCAAGGCUCAGUACCUGGCAGCCAAAGCCCUGAAGAAACAAUCGUGGCGGUUCCACACCAAGUACAUGAUGUGGUUCCAGCGGCACGAGGAGCCCAAAACCAUCACGGACGAGUUCGAGCAGGGCACUUACAUCUAUUUUGACUACGAGAAGUGGGGGCAGAGGAAGAAGGAGGGAUUCACCUUCGAGUAUCGCUACCUGGAGGAUCGCGACCUGCAGUGAGGGGGGACCCCAAAAAAACCCCAAAAAACCCCAAAACCCCCCCAAAAAAACCCCAAAAAACCCAAAUCCCCUCCCCCCCUGCAUGAUUGGGGGGGGGUCAGAACCAUCAACACCCCCAAAAUUUCUCAAAUUCACCCCAAAAAUCCCCCCCCCACUUCCGGGUGCUACCAUUUUGUUGCGGGAUGGGGGGGGGGAGGUUUAAAAACAAAAACAACAAAAAUUUUAAAAAAUUAACAAAAAAAAAGUUGGGGGUUUUUUGGGGGGUUGGGGGAAGUUUUGGGGGUCCCCUCCCCUCUCCUCCAUCCCCCCCCCCACCCCGAGUUGAAGAUAUUUUUCGUAAAGUUAUUUUCAUUUUGGAAAAUAUUUAUGAAUAAAUAGUUUUAUAUCA